AUGCGCCUCCCCUACGCCCCCUCCACCCCACCCGCCGACGCCGACCCCUCCACCACCGAAAUCUACGCCCGCAUCGCCGCCCGCAGACACCCCCGCCCACUCAUCCCCCUCGAUCUCUCCCUACUACACUCCCCCCCAGUCGCCGAUGGCUGGAACAGCUUCCUAGGCGCCAUCCGCACGCGCACAAUCCUCCCCGGCGCGCUCCUCGAGCUAUCCGUCUGCCGCGUGGCGGUCCUCAACGGCGCCGUGUACGAGUGGAACGCGCAUGCGCCGCUUGCGCUGAAGGACGGGGUGACGGCCGACGAGCUGCGGGCGGUGCGCGAGGUGGAGGCGACGAUUACUGAUGCUGGCAAGGAAGCGCUGGGGCGGAGUGUGCUGAGUGAGGUGCAGAGGGCGGUGGUGCGGUAUACGGAUGAGAUGACGCUGCGGGUGAGGGUUGAGGAGGAGACAUUUGAGCGGUUGAGAGCGGUAGGGCUAAAUGAGAGGGAGAUUGUGGAGCUGACGACGGGGGUGGCGGCUUAUAACUGCGUGAGUCGGGUGUUGGUUGCGUUGGAUGUGGGGGAGAAUAAUGGGAGGGAGAUGAAGAGUGUGGAGGAAUUGGUUGCUUGA